AUGAACACCUCCCUGCCCAGCAGCCAGCUGAGACAGCCCGAGCCCCAGGAGGCAGCUGCCUUCACUCCCAUCUCCAUCGUCAGGAGCAUGGCAAAGAAAUCCGAUGCCCUGCCCAUGAUUUUCGUCAUCGUCGUCGCCUUCGUCCUCUUGGCCGUCUUCAUCAUCCUCCUGGUGCACUACGGCCCCCAGCUGCGCACCCUCCAGGUCACCCUCUACCAGGAGCCCAUGCCUCAGGACCUGGACGCUGGGGUGCACCUCACCGACUGGAAGCAGCUGGGCUGCCACAAGGAGCUGCCUGCCCAGCCCUGCCAGCCGGAGCCGGGCGGCUCGGCCGCGGCUGGCGUGAGCUGCCAGUGCUCCUGCAAGCAUCACCUGCCCUGCGGCAGUGCCGAGCCCAAUGUCAUCGAGAUCACCUACCUGUGA